GCUGGGGGUGGCAGAGCCAUGGGCACACCACUAUGGUGCCCACUGGGUGACAUUUGGGUGCCAUUUGGAGGAACCAAAGGUGGCAGCGUGUGGGGACGAUGCCGUGGUGCCCACUGGCGCCAUUUGGGUGUGGUUUGGAGGAACCGAAGGUGCCAGAGCUGCGGCGCCACCCCUGUGGUGCCCACCAGGUUCCGUUCGACCCCUCGAGGUGCCACCACCGUGCCACCACCGCUGUCCCUGUCCCCGCAGGCGUCACCGUCGCUGACCCCCGUGCACCAGGCCGGCGUCUGCGCCUUCUACGGCGAGUGCGGGCGCAACCCCGAGGUGAACGUGUCGCUGGUGCCCUCCAAGGUGCCCUGCCUGUCCAACACGCCGGCGCGGGUGGCACAGGGCGCGCUGCUGUCCCUGCUGCGCGUGGUGUGCCCCGAGCUGGCGGGGGGGGACAACGACACCACGCGGGUUUGCUGCAGCUACGGGCAGCUGGUCGCGCUGCGCCUCAGCGUGGAGCUGUCGGGCGCCGUCCUGGCGCGGUGCCCGUCCUGCGCCCGCAACUUCGCCAACCUCUACUGCCACAACAUCUGCAGCCCCGACCAGAGCCUGUUCACCAACGUCACCCGCGUCACCAGUUCCAGCGCGGUGCCCGGUGCCCAGGCCGUGCUGCAGUACCAGCUCUUCUACCGCCGCCGCUACGCCGAGGCCGCCUUCACCUCGUGCCAGGGCGUGCGGCUGCCGGCCACGGGCGGCUAUGCCAUCUCCACCAUGUGCGGGCGCUACGGUGCCCAGCUGUGCACGGCCCAGCACUGGCUGGACUUCCAGGGCGACAAGAACAACGGGCUGGCGCCGCUGCAGAUCGACUUCCAGCUGCUGCCCAACGGCUCCGAGCCCGGCCAGGGCAUCGCCCCGCUGGACGCGCCCGUCUGGCGCUGCGACGAAGCGCCCAGCGCCGAGCAGGAGCCGUGCUCGUGCCAGGACUGUGCCCAGGCCUGCCCGCCCGUGGUGCCGCCCGCCGAUCUGCCGCCGCCAUUCCGCGCCGGCCGCGCCGACGGCGUGGGCAGGGCCGAGGCGGUGCUGAAGCCCCGUGCCCGCGGCGGGCUUCGCGAGUCGGUCAGCGGCCUGGCAGCGGCCUGGAGCGGCGUUCGCCGCUGGGGCAGCGCCGUGGCCGCCCGGCCACUGCCCGUGCUGGCCGUGGCCGUGGCCGUGGCCGCGGGGCUCUCGGCCGGCCUGGUGACCCUGCGGCUGACCACGGACCCCGUGGAGCUCUGGUCGGCGCCGGGCAGCCGUGCCAGGCAGGAGAAGGAGUUCCACGACCGCCACUUCGGGCCCUUCCUGCGCACCAACCAGGUGAUCGUGACGGCGCCGGGGCGCCCGGGCAUCACCUACGACUCGGUGGUGCUGGGCACCAAGAACUUCAGCGGGGUGCUGGCCCAGGACGUGCUGCUGGCGCUGCUGGAGCUGCAGGACGAGCUGGCGGGCACCACGGCGUGGGCAGCGGGCGCGGGCAGGAACGUCACCCUGCAGGACGUGUGCUACGCCCCCCUGAACCCCGCGGCGCCCGGCGUGGGCGACUGCGCCGUGUCCAGCGUCACGCAGUACUUCCAGAACAACCGCAGCCGCCUGGCACUCAGCGCCUGGCAGCAGGACGGCAAACCGCAGGGCACCGUGGACUGGCACGACCACCUCAUCUACUGCGUCAACUCCCCGCUCUCCUUCAAGGACAUCACGGCGCUGGAGCUGAGCUGCAUGGCCGAGUACGGCGGGCCCGUGUUCCCCUACAUCGCCCUGGGCGGCUACCGCGAGUCCGAGUACACGGAGGCCGAGGCGCUCAUUGUCACCUACUCGCUGAACAAUUUCCCCGCGGGGGAUCCGCGCCUGCAGUGGGCGCUGAGCUGGGAGCGGCAAUUCCUGCGCGUGGUGCGCGACUUCCAGCGGCGCCACCGCCACAACCUCUCGGUCACCUUCAUGGCCGAGCGCUCUCUGGAGGAUGAGAUCAACCGCACGAGCGGGGAGGACAUCCCGGUGUUCGCCACCAGUUACCUGCUCGUGUUCGCCUACAUCGCGCUGGCCCUGGGCGAGUACACGGCCUGGAGGAGGGUCCUGGUGGACUCGAAGGUGACGCUGGCGCUCGGGGGCAUCGCGGUGGCGCUGGGGGCCGUGCUGGCCGCCAUGGGGCUGCUGGCGCUGCUGGGGCUGCCCUCGUCCCUCAUCAUCAUCGAGGUCGUGCCCUUCCUCGUGCUGGCCGUGGGCGCCGACAACAUCUUCAUCUUCGUGCAGGAGCUGCAGCAGUCGCAGCGGGAGCCGGGCGAGACGCGGGAGCAGCACCUGGGGCGGGUGCUGGCACAGGUGGCACCGAGCAUGCUGCUCUGCAGCCUCUCCGAGACCGUCUGCUUCCUGCUGGGUGCCCUCUCGUCCAUGCCCGCCGUGCGCACCUUCGCCCUGACGGCCGCGCUCGCCAUCGCGCUGGACUUCGCGCUGCAGAUGUCGGGGUUCGUGGCGCUGGUGGCGCUCGACACGCGGCGACAGGAGGCCGGGCGCUUCGAUCUCUGCUGCUGCUGCGGGACGGGCAAGGGGGGCACGGCCGGGGGGGGCCGGGGGCUGCUGCGCCCCUUCCUCGAGCGCUUCUACACCCCCGUGCUGCUGCACCCCCUCGUGAGACCCGCCGUGGUGCUGCUGUUCCUGUUCCUGGCCUGUGCCGGGCUCUUCCUGCUCUUCCACGUGUCUGUGGGGCUGGACCAGGAGCUGGCACUGCCCGAGGACUCGUACCUGCUGCAGUACUUCUCGGCCCAGAACCAGUACCUGGCCGUGGGCGUCCCCACCUACUUUGUCACCACGGGCGGGUACAACUUCUCCUCGGAGAGCGGCGCCAACGCCAUCUGCUCCAGCUCGGGCUGCGAUGCCAACUCGCUGACGCAGAGCAUCCAGCUGGCCACGCGCUUCCCCAACGUGUCCUACCUGGCCAUCCCGGCCACCUCGUGGCUGGACGACUUCCUGGACUGGCUGAACCCCACGGUGCGCUGCUGCCGCAUCCACCAGGCCGGGGAGCACCAGGGCGAGUUCUGCCCCUCCACCAGCACUGACCCCAGCUGUGCCCUGGGGCAGUGCCUGAAGCAGCUGCGCCGCCCCACGCCCGAGGAGUUCCAGCGCUUCCUGCCCUGGUUCCUGCAGGACCGGCCCACCCUGCAGUGCCCCAAGGGUGGCCUGGGCGCCUACGACACCUCGGUGAGCAUGGACGCCAACGGCACCAUCCUGGCCACCCGAUUCAUGGCGUACCAGCGCCCGCUGCGCACGUCCCAGGAGUACACGGCUGCCCUGCGCGCCGCCCGCGCCCUGGCAGAGCACAUCACGGGCACCCUGCGCGCCGUGCCCGGCACCGACCCCGCCUUCCACGUCUUCCCCUACACGGUGACGUACGUGUACUACGAGCAGUACCUGACGGUGGUGCCCGAGGGGCUGCUGACGCUGGCACUGUGCCUGGUGCCCACCUUCGCCGUGUCCUUCCUGCUGCUGGGCAUGGACCUGCGCUCCAGCCUGGCCACGCUGCUGACCAUUGCCAUGGCACUGCUGGGCACCGUGGGCUGCAUGGCGCUCUGGGCAGUGCCCUACAACGCCGUGGCACUCAUCAACCUGGUGGCGGCGGUGGGCAUCUCGGUGGAGUUCGUGUCCCACAUCACCUGCGCCUUCGCCCGCAGCCGCCAGCCCACGCGGGUGGCACGAGCCGCCGAGGCCACUGUCACCAUGGGCAGCAAGGUGGUGGCGGGGGUGGCCAUGACCAACCUGCCGGGCGUGGUGGUGCUGGCGUUCGCCAAGGCGCGGCUCGUGCAGAUUUUCUUCUUCCGCCUCAACCUCAUCGUCACCCUGCUGGGGCUGGCGCACGGCCUGGCCUUCCUGCCCGUGCUGCUCAGCUACGUCGGGCCCGCGCCGCAGGUGCCAGCGGGGGAGGACACGCCGGGGGACACCGUGCAGGGGACAGGGCUGGGCCUGAGCAACCCCGGCUUCAAGGACAUGGACGGGGACAAGGACAUGGACAAGGACAAGGACAAGGAC